AUGUUCCUUCAGCGUACAGUGUCUACCCUCGCGAGGCGCACCCCCGUGCGGGGCCUUGCUGCGGCGCGCCCGUUUUCUUCCUCCGUUAGUCGAUUCAACAAGUACGAGGUUAAGGAGGCUAAGCUCCGUUCUCUUGACGAGAUUCAAACCGAAGAAGACCUCAUCCCCCCUGGUGCUAAGCCCGGUACCAUCCCCAGCGAUAUCGAACAGGCCACUGGUCUCGAGCGUCUCGAACUCGUCGGUAAAAUGCAGGGCAUUGACAUCUUCGACUUGAGGCCUUUGGAUGCUUCCCGCAAGGGAACUCUCGACAACCCCAUUGUUGUCAACGGUGCUGGUGAUGAGCAGUACGCUGGUUGCACUGGUUAUCCCGUCGACUCUCACCAGGUUAACUGGUUGACUGUCUCUCGUGAGCGCCCCAUCGAGCGCUGCAACGAGUGCGGUAACGUUGUCAAGCUGAACUACGUCGGACCCGAGGAGGACCCUCACGCCCACGACCAUGGCCACGGCCACCACCCUGCCCCCGAGGAGCCCAAGACCUUCGCCGACUACGUCAAGCCCGAGUACUGGUACCGGUAA